AUGUAUCUCCUCACCUCACCCGUCAACAUUAGCACCGCCGUAAAUGCCGUUGACACCUUCCGCAACCACCUCUUUGGCACCCUGCAACUCCUUAUGAACAACAUUCUCUCCUGUGAUGCCGACAUUUUGACGUUAUGCUUCAGCGCCUUCCAGCAGUGGUUGCCGUCGGGGAGUUUCCGUGACGCGAUGAACAUUGGUGCCAUGGUGAUGGACAGAUCCAGCUUCCCCAUAUUGGAGAAGAUUUGGAUAAUAAGGUAUUGUGACCUGGUAGGAGAGAAUCUUGUGAGGAAGAGGAAGCAUUGUCGAGCAAAGGAAGAUGAAGAGUUGUCCAGCGAAUCUUACAAGAAUUCUUACGAAAGAGGGGGAAGGGGAGUCAUUGAUGCCGUUGUGAUGGGUGGUAACUGUGAUGAGUGGUGA